AGUUUAGAAGUCUACACAACAGUAACCCACCACCAACCAACCCCAUCAAUUUCGUCUCCAAACCUGGCGAAUUCUUAUUGAAUCCUCAAACUUCUUUUUCUCAACUUCCUGUGUCUUGAAUCUUGACCACAGAAAAAUCCAUUGGACGGGAGCUGCGUUUAGAAUACUCGUCCAGAUUGGUGAAAUUACCUUGCUGCCAAGUGCCAAGUGCCAACUGGCUACCCUUGAAACCUUCCAAGGGUAGAUUUUGUCAGUAUAUCUGCCUUUUAACAAAAGACUAGAGAGGGGCAUGUGAUUUCAUGAUAUGAUCGUAAAAUUUCACAAAAACUGCUCACAUCACCAUGUUGCCCAACUUCCAAAACACUCCAUCUUUGUCACCUCUUAGUUGAUCUCUUUUACCUAUAAAUAACAUCAUUUUCUUCCCCACCCGCCUUGCUUUACCGUGUCAUUUACGCUGACUGUUUAUUUUUGUUUCCAAACCCAUAUCAAUAAAAUGAAGAGACAAGGAAGUAAUACAGAUGGUGCCACUAUGCUGCAGGCUGGAAAAAAUGAAGGCAGAAAGAAGAGCAAGAGAACUGAGGAAGCCAAGGAAAUCGAUGGGAAGAAGAAUGGAGGAGAACCAUCGGUGUUUGCAUUGGAGAAUUUGUUGGGUUGGGAGGAAUGGCCGUGGCUAAGAGGUGCAGCCGAUGAGCAAAUGUCAUGGGGUUCGGUCUGGUCGCCUUUCUGGGAUGUUGAUUUCAUUGACAAGGCUUAUAGUGCGUUGUUCAAUGAUGUUGCUUGGGAUGAUGACAUUUGGAACUUGAAGACCAUCAUGGAGAUACCAAAGCGAUGAGAGAAAAAAAUUUUCAAAGUCUUUGGUAGUUAUUUUUAGAUUCUAAUUUGGGGUAGAAACAGUGUAGAUGUUUAUCUGCUCUUAAUAAUACUGCUUUGUUCGCAGAUGUAAGUUAAGAAUGAUCAGCUGCCUGCAAUAUUGGCUAAAGCCUGCCUUGACAUAUAGAGAUUGCAACCACUCACUUCGCUCUUUACCUUGUCCAAUUAUACUUUUAUAUGUGAGUUGCUAUUAGUAUUGUUUCCCUCUUUCCUUUUAAUCUUUACUUUUGAUUCAAUUUAAAUGCUACAAAGAAGUGUUUUUCGAUUAAAAAGUUUAAUUUUC